AUGGACGCAUCAAAACGAGUUUCGGCGCUCAGACCGCUCGACCUUCCUGUGUUCGUCGAGGCUGCUUCCGGUGUCGACAAGCCUUACUCUCCCGAACGCGAUGAGCGUGGCUACACCAUCCUCAAAGGCGAUGCCCGCUUCGACGUCACACCCAAGCCCUUGAUCGACAACGAUGAGGCUGAUCUUGGGCGCAAACGCAAGCACCGAAUCACCUACCUCGAGGGUAUUCGCGGUCUCAUUGCAUUUCAGACGCUUCUCUGGGUCUUCUUUCGCCUCUUUGCGCCUGCCAUCGUGACGGAUCGCGACUUUGACGGCACGUUUCCGGCAGAACUUACAAGGUCAUGCCCGCAGUGGAUGAACACGCUCCGCAAGUCGCUUAGCCCGCUCUUCUUCAACGGUAGCUUCCAGGCCAACAUGUACAUCAUCCUCAUGGGUCGAGUGGGCAUGCAGACCUUCCUCGAGAGGCGCGACGGUCUGACUUUGGCUGGUCCAGGAAUGCGCCGUCCAAUCCGCCUGAUCCUCCCCCUUGCCAUCGCGUUGGCGCUCACUUCGGUCGUUGCCGCCCUCAACGGCUUCAAGUAUGCUUCAGUGUUGGCAGAAAAGCUCGAUAACCCGCUCGCGCAUCCUCCCAAGGUAUGGGCCUCGACUGUCGAGUACGUCAACACGGUGGUUUCGUUUGUGUUUGCACCCUACGCCUACACCACCUCGGUGGCGAGCUCGUACAUACCCCCUGGCGGCAUCAUGUGGUUCACCUCGGUCGUCUUCCAGCAGACGUACGUGCUUACCGUCUACGCCUGGGUGAUCCCCUUCACCAUCUUCCGAUGGAAGAACGCUGGCUUGAUCGGGUUCAUCCUGCUCUCAGCCUGGAUGGGUCGCUGGUCGUGGUACACGCUCACCGGUCUCGCCAUUGCCGAGUACUCGACCGUCUACAAGCAGCUACUGCCCGAGGAGGGCAUUCCGCUCAACUCGGAAAAGACCAAGUUCCUCAACCCCAAGCUGGUGCCUACCCUCUUUGUGGUGCUUGGGGUCGUGCUCAAGUACUUGUGGAUCGCCGCGCUGCCGGGCAAGUACUACGAUGACUACAUUGGUCACAUCGACCUCAACACGGGCUCGCUCAACCGCCACUGGGACUACAACAACAUUGCCUACCCUCGAUGGGAUGACUGGCUGCUUGCAACUGGUCUGCUGGUGCUUGUUGAGCUUAGCCCUGCGCUCCAGAAGCUGUUCUCGGCUCGGUUUUUCACAUACUUUGGCCGCCUCGGCUUCUCGAUUGCCAUGGUCUCGGGCACGGUGAUGCUCAGCAUCGGCAGCUUGUUCUACCACCACCUCACCGAGGGGCUUGGUUGGACCAACCCAGCUCAGAUCACCGCUGCUCUUUUCUUUACUAUGGUGCCGCUGUCCGUCCUUGCUUGCGACGUGUGGUCCAGAGUCGUUGAUGAUGCUUGCAUUGCUUUCGCGAGGGGGUUCUUCCACUUCUUGCGUACGUGA